AUGAAAUCUCCUGAUGAGAGUCGAGAUCCUAAGCUGUAUUGUCAGUUCCACGAAGAUAUAGGGCAUGACACCAAGGAUUGCAGAAGCUUGAAGAGAGCCCUGGACAGCCUAGCCUCCAAGGGGCACCUAAAGAACUACCUCCAAAGGAGUACUCACGACACAUGGAAGAAUCAGUACAAGAAAAACAAGUCACCCGUCUCAACUACAGAAGGAAAUCACAGCGAAGGGGGAUUUGUAGCCGUCAUAUCAGGAGGACCAGCCGCUGGGGGACUCACCAUGAGGGGACAGAAAGAUUAUGCCCGCCGUCUAGGUCAGGUAAUGUUAUCAGGGAAGUCACUAGUGGAUCCAUUCCCUCGGAUAGAGAUAUGUGAAUCGGAUGCUGGACGAGUAGCCACCCCGCAUGACGACCCCCUCGUGGUCGAGAUCAAAUCUCCAACAUGA